AUGGCCGCUCUGCCCCGCACGACCUCGGCCGCACGCCACAUGGUCGACGAGGACCAGCCCGCUCUCGUACCGCCCGCCGCACCUGUGCACCGCUCCCAGGUGGGGGACCGUGAUGCCGCCCAACUCGGCUCGACCAAGCGCAGGAGGACCACCGCCGCCGCUGCGAGCUCUACUGGGCACACCUCUGGCCAAGCUCCCCCGACCCCGCCCUCGUCCGCCUCGCGCCGCCGCCCAGCCUCAACCCUCGCCGCCAACAGCACCUCGAGCAGCACCCGCUCCCCCUCGUCGCCCAAGCUCCUCGUCAAGCUCGACGGCCGCGUGUACCGCCCGCCGUCGCCGGGCGACCCGCGCACAAAGCUCGAGUUCGAGGCCGACUUGCUCCUCGGUGGGCCGACAGAGACGGUCGAGGACCUCGAGGUGGCGCGACGCGAGCGCCGCAGGAGGGAGGUCGAGGACGAGAUGAAGCGCGAGGCGGCUCUGGCGAGCCCGAGGGCGCGACGGCCGCCGACGACGACGGGCGCGAGCAGGCUGUUGACGUUCGACAGCGACGACGAGCGCGACACGCUCAAGGUGGUCGGGCCGUCGAGGACGCCGACUCGGGCUCGGCCGCACGACCACCGCCGCGCCGUGACGCCGCCGCCUCGACCUGCCUUUCCCCUCGGCCCUGCCUCGCCCACGCCGUCCUCCUCCGCGACGGCAACCCUCGGCUACCCGUUCGCCCUGCACACGUCGCCUCGGCGCGCCGGCGCCGGCCCCCAAUCACCACCGCUCCCACCGCCUCUCGCCGCCCUCCUCGCCCUCCACAACGCCGUCGAGCGCGCCCUCAUCCUCCACCUCUCGACCUCGGGCUCGGGCGCGUCCCUCGCGUCGACCCUGUCGGACCUCGACCCCGACUCGGGCUCGGGCUCGGGCACGGGCUCGGGCACGGCCCACGUCCGCAUGCCCAACCUCGUCGACCUCUCGACCCUCGGCCGCAUGCUCGAGAGCAACGGUCGCCGCUGCGGCGAGGACGAGCUGCGCCGACUCGUGUGGGCCUGGCAGGGCGCGAACGACGACCCUGCGUCGCCCCCUCGGCGCGCCAACAACGGCGGCGGCCUAGGCGGCGGCCUCGGCGACGACGAGGUCGGCGGCAUGGGCUUCAUCGUGUCGCGCGCGCGCACGGCCGUCGUCGCCGCGCCCGGGCGCGUCGCCUACACGUAUGGCCUCGGCAUCAGCGUCGCCGUGCGGUCCAACCCGCAGCUCCCCAAGUUUGAGCUCGUGAGCCCCGGCCGGCCCGGGCACGCAGCCGCCGCCGCCGCCGCCGCCGCUGCCGCGCCGCCGAGCCCGAGCAGCGUCGGAAAGGGGCGCGAGGGCAUGAGCAUUGUCGCGCUGUGGACGCAGGGCAAGGAGGCGCGCCGGGUCGAGCUCGAGGGGCGGCUGAGGAGGUGGAGCGAGAGGAGCAGGGCGGGCGGCGUCAAGCGUGAGGAGGACGAGCUCACCGUCGACGACGACGACCUGCACUUUACCGCCUCGACGUCGAGCACGACGGCGGGCAUCCCGCUCGCCGCCCUCCCGCUCCUCGCCCCGGCCGUGAGCGCCAUCCCUUCGACCUCGACCCCCUCGCCGACCAAGCGCGCCGGCGCUGCCGCCCCGCGCUCGUUCCUCGAGGGUGGCGGCGGCGGCGGCGGCAGCAGCGCAGCGGACCUCCCCGUCGCGAGCCCGCGCGAAUUUGUCGGCGCGCUCCUCAAGGGCAAGCCGGUGAGGACCAAGGCGGGCACGGCGGCGGACCGAGCGGCGGCACGGCGCGAGCGGAUCGAGGCCAAGCAGAGAGCACAGCAGCAGUCGGCGUACCACGGCUCGUUCUCGGCCCUCGCGUCGGGCGAGUCGUCGCCCUCGAAGCGUUCGCUCAAACGCCACGCCGACGACUCGGCCUCGACGUCGACCCUCGACGACGACGCGACCGUGCCGCUCACCGCGUUCGAGCAGCACAAGCGCAACGCGAUGCUGAGCCGCCUCGGGUCGGUCGCCGACGUCGUGGCCAUGCGCUGCGCCGGGCGCCCGACGCCCCUCGAGGAGGUGUGCACCGCCGUCGCCAACAGCCCGCUCCUCAAUAUCGGCUUCGACGAAGCCUCGCAAGCCGUGUCCUUCCUCGCGUCCCACUUUCCCAACUUUGUCUACCUCAAGCUCGUCGGGCAGGAGCGGUGGGUGUACCUUCGCGGCGUGCAGAAGGCGGUCGAGGUCAAGGAGCGCGUCCGGGACGAGCUCGCGAGGGCGCAGGAGGCCAUGAGGGCUUGAGCGCUUCUCUUCUUGCUGUAGACACAGGGCGAGCAUGUCACUUUAUCGUCGUCCGAGC